AGUGUAUGCGUGUCGACUGUGCACUGUCAACUCAUUGACGUGACUUUUGUUUGGAAUUCUUAUUAAUCAAAGUGAUUUUGUCUUUUCCGAGCGCCACAAUUAAAUAAUUUAAAAUAAAUACAUUUUAUAAGUGAAUAAUUACUAUAAAAUGGAUAAAAUACCAGAAAGCCCACGAGAGGAUACAGCAUCCAAAGUAUCGGAGUUAAAUAUGAUUCCUAUAUUGGUCGCUGCGGUGUUGGGAUUCAUUGUAAUGGCAAUAAUACUAUUAUUGCGUAGAAGGUCCUUUGGACGACGAGACUUCGUUUUGACCGGUUUGAGUGAGUCUGGGAAGAGUGCGAUAUUUAUGCAAAUGAUGCACAAAAAAUUUCCAGACACUUUCACUUCCAUCAUAGAAAACGUGGGCGAGUACAGCUCGGGUCGUAUGUCUGGCCGCCUUGUUGAUAUACCUGGACAUUAUAGAGUGAGGGAUAAGUGUUUUGAUCAAUACAAACGUACAGCUAAGGGUUUAAUAUUUGUAGUAGAUUCGGUGACAGUACAAAAAGAUGUCCGCGACGUGGCGGAUGCUUUAUACAGCGUGCUUUCUGAUCCUGCAAUACAAUCAUGUCCUUUCUUAGUACUUUGCAAUAAGCAAGAUCUGAGCACAGCUAAGGGUGCUCAAGUUAUAAAAAGUAUAUUGGAAAAAGAAAUGAACAUCGUACGAGUUACACGUAGCCGUAAAUUGCAGUCAGUGGGAGAGGAUAACAUAUCUAAACCAGUAUUCUUGGGUAAAGAAGGCAAGGACUUUGAAUUUUCGCAAAUCAACCAAAAUGUUCAAUUCUUUGAAUGCUCCGCAAAAGAUAAUCAAUUGAAUAAUUUAUCUGAUUGGAUUGAUAGAAUGUUGUGAAAUAAGUGGAAAAUAACGCAAAUUUUGAUAUUAUCGUAUAAUAAGAAAAUUAACAACAUUUUUCAUAGCCAUUGGUGGAAAUGUUGGCGAUACUACUGCCUGAACAGAAGCCCUAUUGCAUACAUUAUGGCAUUAGUGGUGUUAUAUGAAUUUGGUUGGGUUGCAUUAUGUGGUUAAACCCUUUUGGUAAAACUAAUAAUUUUUGUUUAAAAUUUUCUUUAUAUCAAAUUGAAAAAAAAAAAUAAAUUAGAUAAAUUUUGUAAACGUUGAAAGUUGCACACACACGUUAAGUUCCUUCAAAUAGCGGUUAUGCUUACUUCUAAUUGCAGCGAAAUGGAAUUUUUAAAAUAAAAAAACAAUUUUGUAUGUAAAUAAAUGCGAUAAAAAACAGACAA